AUUUUGAAAAACACAGGUUAAAAUCAAAAAUGAAAUCACUCGGAGUUUUAUCUCCUGUCAAAAAUUCUGCUGUCAGCUUAGACAUUCUUAACCUAUAUAUGGUAAAUCAGAUAUCUUGCAAGAAGAAAAUCCCUGAAACUGUGAGGAAACCAACCCAUGUGAACAUGAAUAGAGGCAUAAAAAUGCCCCUAAGAAAGCAUAAUUUAGAACUCCCAGUGUCGCCUCACUGUGUACCUUCUAAACUCUGCCUUGAUGAUACAGAAACCAACAUAAACUAUCAAAGACUAAGUAGCAAGGAAGAUCUUGGCCCAGUCCAGUCACAAGGCAUGGACUCAUAUAGUACGCUUGACCCUCAGUUCAGCAAAAUAGAGAACUGCAGUUUCACUCCACCAUCUUUUUCAGUGGAGUUAGCUUCUAACAGACAUAUUUCAGAACUAAAUUUCACACCCGGAAUAGCACCUACUCCUCAGAAACUUGCAUAUGAAAAAAAGCAGAAUGACCAGCUCAGUAAUGUUAACUGUUCUGAUUCCUUGCUUUCCAAGUUAAAUAAAAGUCAAGAUGUUCUCAGUCCAUCACAUAAAACUACACAAUUUGGGACAUUAUUUGAAAGAUUAAACAGAAGUCUAGGAAAUAGGAAUUUACUUACUAAACACCCUUCUGUAAUUAUGGAUGAAGAUUGUAGAAGCAUGGAUGAAAUAAGACAGUCAGACUACAUUACUGGAAAACACUCCAUACAGCAUAUUUGGAGGAAAAAUGGAAAGAAAGUUUCAAAUUUUCUUGAAGAUGUGAACCAGUCUACUCCUAACUUUCUAUCAGAGAAUUCUGACUCUUUUGUUAGUCAAAAUAUGAUCAAUGUAUUAAACAUAGAUCAGCAAAAGAUAAAGAAAGCAUUUAACAAGUGUGAUUAUGAUAGUAUGGGAGAUAUUUGUGUAGUCACUCGUUCUGAUAAAAACCGUGUCACUGACAGAUGCAUUAGAAACAUUUUUACAGUUCCAGAGUUGACUUUUAGUAAUUCAACUUUGAAUAAAACAAGUUAUCCAGAAAAAUGUCAGCCAAACGAGAAGAAUCAGAGAGAGUACAACAAAAAUGAAAGAAAUGAUCUUAGUACAUCUUUUGAGAACGAUUACUACCCAAGCAGCUCUGAAAGAAAAGGAAAACUUGAAAAUGAUUACCAAGAGAAGACACCACAGAAAAGUAUUCAGAAAUAUCCAGCAAACUCUAUGGGAAAUAUACCUUCAGAAGAAUUGCACUAUAAGCAGUCAUGGGACUUUGGACUUGAUGAGAUUCUGAUAGAAGAAGGAGGAAUAUGCUCUUUAAAAAGCAGGCCAACAUCUACUGAGAAAAUCUCUCUUGAUUCUGCACAGAGUAGUUGGUCUACCAGUUACUCUCCAAGACCAACUGACAGCUGUUUCAGUUCUAGUUCAGAUGUGCCAUCUGAAGAUGAAGAUCAAAUAUCACAGCACAUUGAAGAUUCAAAUAGGAUGCCCAUCAAAACGAAGGAAAAAACAAAUAAUGUUUAUGUAGAAAGAAUGGCAAAAGUUUCAGGUGACAGGAUUGUUAAAAACAAUGACAAAAUUCACAAACAGAAUGAGAAUUUCUACCAGUUCUCAGUGAAAAAUAAUACAGAUCAGUUUCCACAGUCACAGUGUAAUUCAGCACACAUUUUGCAAAACAAAACCAGUGACAACUGCAUUCUGCAGCCUGCAAGAUGUGAUGCAGGGGUACAAACAGAGAGUGAAUCUGUAAUGGAGGAAAAAUUAGAUGCUGCCAUACAGUGUGAUCUAAUUUCAAAAUGUACAUGUAGAAGUGAUGUUUCUCUUUGCAACCUGGAAAGGUGCAGUGAAAAUAUUAAGACAGAUACCACUGGAGGGCAGGAAAUCCUUAAGAACAACUAAUAUUCUAAAAUCUCUACCUAGGAUGUAGAAUUUCACUUGCCCUUAGAAAACAAUAGUAAAUGUUGAAAAUUUCAUUAACAUGAUAAGAAAUGAGAAAAUGUAGCUAAGCACAAGCUGACAGUCUUCAGAGAGUAUAUUCAUGGUUCAUGUUAAAACAUUUUAAUAUUAUUAAUGUAUGUAUUUAAUUUGUAUAUAGCCAUUUCCUUAAUAGCUUUGGUAUAUGGUAGAGUUUUUAGAAAAUAAUAUAUUUGUAAAUUUACUAGCAUUCUUAUGUGAUUAUUCA